GCAUUACUCAUAUAUCAGGCCACUAGAACGUCACAAGAAACAUGAUUUUUGCUGUCCUAGCCAUUCUCCUAAGCAGCUCGUUUAUCUUUUCUGCUGGAAACGAAGCAUGCGGGUGGAGCUACCUGUAUGGUAGUGACAACAUAACUAUCUUUCAGUUGACAGGAAAGAGGGUUGUUAUUAGACCAAGCUUGCCUUUGUCGCCUACAGGAUUUCGUACUUCGAAGGUCAAAUGGAGAGCAAAGAGUCAAGACAGUCAAACAACAAAGGAAGAGUUGCGAGAAAGACUGUCUGUAAACAGAACAGGUGGACACCUGAUAAUCAGUACAAUGGAUCACGCUUUAAAUGGUUCCACAUACAAUUUCAUCUACGACAACACCAAACUUCAUGGCUCAGCCAUGCUCAUUCUUGGAAUUUCCCCAAAAUUUCAAAAUUUCUCAAUCAACUCCAGUUACUGCAUGUGUGGUGGUCAUAGAAGUUUGCGAAAGAUAUGCUUCAAACCAUCUGGAUCACCACUUCCCACAGUCUCCACAAACUUCAAGGAAGAAGAGCUCAUGAGAUGGAAACCAACAUCACUCAAACAACAAUGCAUAGAAAUCGACUGUUGUUUGGCUGUAACACUUGUCGCAUCUAAUUGCUUUGGAAAUGACACCAUACUAGUCAAAGAGGAUAAAUGCAACUUAGAAACUCGUACCAAUUUGGCAACCGACACAGCAAGGACAUAUGAAGCUACAGUCUCAUUGCUAUUAGAUGAGCCAAGUACACACUUCAAGUGUGACAAUGUGGGUGACGAUUCACCACAUCAGGAGGGAGUGUGUUUCAACCAAAUCCACGAAUUGUCUGAGAGUGACUGGAUCAAGAUAUGCAUCUCAUUGGCUGUAAUGCUCUUUCUGAUGACAUUACUUGCCACUGCAUCUCUGAUUGCUCACAAAAUAAGGAAAGGAAACAAAGAGGCAUCACUCACACCUAGAGUCGAAACUCGUGACAACAUUCCUCAACGUUCUGAAUCCAACGAAUACACAGAACCAGACUACCCAACUGUAGCCACAGCCACUGUCCACAGUGAAGCCAUCUACUUAUAUCCUUCUUCCAUACCAGUCAGUGACGACAGCUCCGACAUAGGUGACUAUGAAUCAAUGAAGGACUAUCAAGCUGACGCCACACGUCCAAUCCAUUUGCAGCCUCAAACAAGCCUGAAACCCAAGUUGUCCAUUACCACACAGUGCAAGCAACUUGACUAUCCAUGCUGUAAUUGAGAGAGGCAAUUGAGAGUUUAAUACAAUAACCGUAACCUUGAGAAAGACAUUGCUAUUGGUGUGUGUAGACAGGAUGACAUUGUAGAGACAUAAACAUGUUGGCAGGAAAUACGAAUUGCCGUACAUAAAAUUGUUUACACAUACUUGGUUGGCAAGAUUAAUGUGUAAC